CGACGGAGCUAAGUGCGCAGCUCCGAACUGUAGAUAGUACAACAACAAUCUCAGCAUGCUCGUGCACAACAUAGGAAUCUUCGCAUCUUCUCCUCGAGCAAAUCGAAACGCACGACUAUUGAAUUCUACGUUGGGUCCGUAGCUCGGAGAACGUCGUCGUUGUGUGCAGGACAUUCAUAACCAGCGGGUCCGAGUUCCCUUCUGCACGUUAGCGCAGCGUACUAAUACAAAUAACAGUGCAGGAAUAUGGAUGACACUCGAAGCCCUCCUCCAAGCAAGCCCCCACACAAUCUGGUGGAGUGGAGAAAGAGAGUCAAAUCUGAGUACAUGCGACUCCGGCAACUUAAGAGGUUCCGCAAAGCAGAGGAAGUCAAGUCCCUGUUUAUGUCCAGUCGUAGGAAGAUCAAGGAAAGGACAAAUCUGCUGAAUGAAGAGUGGUCCAAGCUCAGAAUCCAGCCCAUUCCAUUGGCCUCCUCUGUAGGAUCCAUACACAAUAAUAAGCAGUGCGUUGUGGAGUCAGGCUUCCCUGCAUUCAAGAAGCAGACCAUCGUGAUGAGGACUCUGAACACGGUGGCAGGAGUCCCAUUCAUGUACUCAUGGUCCCCACUGCAGCACAACUUCAUGGUGGAGGACGAGACAUUCCUGCACAACAUACCUUACAUGGGGGACGAGGUGCUGGAGCAGGAUGAAGCCUUCCUGGAGGAGCUCAUCGACAAUUACGAUGGCGUGCAUGGGGACCGAGAGGGGGGAUUCAUCAAUGAUGAGAUCUUCAAAGAGCUGGUGGAGGCACUGAGCCAGUACUCUGACCAGGAGGAGGAAGAGGAAGGUGUGGAAAGGGGUGAAGAGGAGGGGGAGAGGAAGAGCAUUACAGAGGGGGUGGAAGAUGCCAAGGUUGGGCCGCCUGUCUUUUUCAGAAGAAAGAGGCGGAGCAUGGGGGAGGCGAAAGAUUUAGCCACCAGUAAGAAGAUCCCCCAUGAUAAGAUAUUCAAAGCCAUCGCUUCAAUGUUCCCAUACAAAGGCACAACUGAGCAGCUGAAGGAAAAAUACAAAGACCUCCUGGAGCCUCCCAGCCCAGUCAAGCUGCCCCCACAGUGCACCCCCAACAUCGACGGCCCCUUCGCCAAGUCUGUGCAGCGGGAGCAGUCCCUGCACUCCUUCCACACCCUCUUCUGCAGGCGCUGCUUCAAAUACGACUGCUUCCUUCACCCCUUUCAUGCCACACCUAACGUAUACAAGAGGAAGAACAAGGAGAUUCGCGUGGAGACGGAUCCCUGCGGACUGGACUGCUUCUUGUUACAGAAAGGGGCCAAGGAGUUUGCGGAUCAGAACAUGCUGAGGGCCCAGCGAUCCCGGCGGCGACGCAGACAGCCACGGCCCCCCAGCUCCAGCUGCGCCGGGUCGUCCUCUGCUGGGGACAGCAAGGAGGGCGACAGUGAUCACGAGACCACAAGCUCCUCAGAGGGGAACUCGCGCUGUCAGACGCCCACCAAGUUGAGGCUGGGCGGGGAUGCCACAGAGGAGGCGGAGUCACAGGUCCAGUGGAGCGGAGCCGAGGAGUCCCUCUUCAGGGUGCUGCAUGGCACCUAUUACAACAACUUCUGCUCUAUUGCCCGGCUCAUUGGUACCAAGACCUGCAAAGAGGUGUACGACUUUGCGGUGAAAGAGGUCCUCAUCCACCGUGUGCCUCUGGAGGACGGAGCCAUUUCCCCACAGAAGAAGAAGAGGAAGCACAGGUUGUGGGCAAAGAUUCAGCUCAAAAAAGACAAUUCAUCCAAUCAGGUGUACAACUACCAGCCAUGUGACCACCCUGACCAUCCAUGUGACAGCUCUUGCCCCUGUGUGAUGACACAAAAUUUCUGUGAGAAGUUCUGCCAGUGCGACCAGGAGUGUCAGAACCGCUUCCCAGGCUGCCGGUGCAAGACCCAGUGCAACACCAAGCAAUGUCCGUGCUAUCUGGCGGUGCGAGAGUGCGACCCGGACCUGUGCAUGACCUGCGGUGCUGCUGAGCACUGGGACAGUAAGAGCCUAUCCUGCAGGAACUGCAGCAUCCAGAGGGGCCUAAAGAAGCACCUCCUCUUGGCACCCUCAGAUGUGGCUGGAUGGGGAACUUUCAUCAAGGAGUCCGUGCAGAAGAAUGAGUUUAUCUCCGAGUACUGCGGAGAGCUCAUCUCCCAGGAUGAAGCUGACCGGCGUGGCAGGAUCUAUGACAAGUACAUGUCUAGCUUCCUCUUCAACCUGAACAACGAUUUUGUUGUGGAUGCAACCCGAAAAGGAAACAAAAUCCGGUUUGCAAACCAUUCUGUGAAUCCCAACUGUUACGCUAAAGUGGUGAUGGUGAAUGGAGACCACAGGAUAGGGAUUUUUGCCAAAAGGGCCAUCCAGCAGGGGGAGGAGCUCUUCUUUGACUACAGGUACAGCCAGGCUGAUGCCCUGAAGUACGUGGGAAUUGAGAGGGAGAUUGACAUCAUGUAACCUGCACUGCCACUGCCCCACCUGCUAGAGACAGUACUGCACUUUCCCACAGAGCUGCAUGGGGUUUGGGUGACAAGGACCACUUCUACCCAGGAUGGCCCCAUGACAUCACACAUCCUUUUCCUCUGUCCGCAAUCCAUUCUGUGUGCUGUUUUAGGUCCGUCUCUACAGACAGUAGUCUAUGCCAAUGAAGCUUACAGCUCCAGUUCAAACAAUAAUACAUAGUGGAUUUAAUAUAUUAAUCACGCUUAUGUUUUUGGUCUGAACAGUACGUUGAAUAUCAGUAAUUUCAGGCAAGGCUUUUGUGUUUGCUUUAAUACUAAGAUAUGUAUAUUCUGGAAAAUUCCUGACUUCUUCGAAAGCUAAACUAAGUAAUAGCGAAACGCAAAAGUUGUUGAAAUAUCCAACCCAUACUACGAAUUUAUUUUUGGCUUUGAAAUGUGUACUGCUAUUCAUAUCCAUGAAGGUGCACAGUACCUUAUAGGAAGUAUAUCCUGACAAUAGGUUUGUUCACAUAGCAGUUUUAAAACUACAGCGCUUAUCUCUGUUUUCUUAGCUUCUGGCUAUUUAAUGUAGUGCAGGACAAAGGGGACAGCUGAAGCUGCUAUCUGUCUUUAUGAGCUCCUUUUGGGUUCUUUUGCAAAAUUGACAUUCAUGUCCUGUAAAAGGCAACAGUACGAAACCGACCAAAUGAAUGUGAGCUUUCCAUGGGGGAAAAAGGUAGGAAACAUGACUGAUCUGGACCAAUGUGUCAUUCAAACAACACUUUUAAAAGCACGUGCAUGAAGCAUGGAUGCAGAAGAACCACACUAUACUGGUUUAUCAGCCUUCCUUACUGUGAUCUGUUGUGUGAUCCCACCUGGUGAUUUGUAGUGUGCCAGCUAUAUGAGAAACCUGGGAGACUGAGUUUCCCUGAUGGAGGGAUCGGCUGGUGGGAUAUUGGGACAUUCUCAUGAAGAGGUUAACCAAAUUGCCAUAUUGGUUGUGCAAUACCUCAGCCAGGCCAUUUUUGAAAUACUCCAAUAUAGAUAGAUAAAAGCUGAGAGGUUGUAAGGAGGAUUCAUGUGAUGCAAGUGAGGAAAGGAAUAUUAUUAGGCUUAAAUAACAAUCUCAGCAUUGGAUUUUGUGCCAAUGAAUUCUUAUGAUGAAUAUGUUUUUUUCAUGAUUAUUCAUGACUAUACAUGUAUGAGCCUUGUGUUUUUUCCUAGGAGGAAAAAAACUUGUGCCAGUAAAAAUGACUGGUUUUCUUCCCCGUUGAAACCAAAAGUGUAUGUGCCAAUUAACAGAAAAUGCACAACAGACAGUUGUUUUUUUUUUUUCAUUGUUUGGUUUCAUUUCAUGGUUUCAUUUGCACUCACGUUUCUUUAGCUGGCCGGAAAUUGUCAGCACAUGACUCAACAUUACUGGUGCUGACCCUACACAUAAGAGAAGUGUGUGUGUGUGUUGCUAUUGGCAAAACAAUGUAAUAAUCAAAAACCAAAAAAUUGCCGUAUUCUGUUGAAAUGCGUGCUUGCAUGUUCUUUAGAGCAUGUACAUUUCAGUCCCUCCUGUAUUGUUUUUGCUGGGGCCCUCCAAGUGAGUCAGGACAAAUGUUACCUGUUUACCAUGUAACCUUAUUUUACUUAAAACAUAUACUCAAGUAUCUCUUACCUGCUUGGCAAUAGGUGGUCUGUUUAACAAAAUAAUGAGCACACCUUGAAGCUUACCUUAAGGUCAGUUAAAUACAGGAGGAGGCCAUAAAGAAUAAACGCUACUAGAUGUUUCUAAAGUGUAUUUAUUAUUUAAACGUAUGCUUGAAUUAUGAACUGUCUAAAGAGGUAUCAAAUUCAAAACAGUUGAAAAAAAUGUUCUUAUGGUAAAUAUGUCUGGUGAUGAGAAUUGGCUUGUUCAGUUACACAAAAUUGAGGUGCCUGUGCUGUAUUACUAAAUAUGACACAUCAUCUUAUAUUUGUACAGUUUAAUUAUCUGAGCAACACCCUGCAGUAAUUGGAAACACGUUCAGUUCAUUUUCUAGCUCUGUCAUUAGAAACAGUUUUUCCAUUCUCAGAAAUAGAAGAAGCCACUAUAAAGGAUUCCUAUGUCCUGUCUUGGUCCAUUAUCCAGGUAUGAUUUCAUGUCAUAACAUUUGAACCAUAAACAUUGAUUUAAGAUUUUGAAUGAACUUGCAUAUGUAAAAUUUAAGAUGAGAUGCUGCAGCAGCUUAGUGAAGCAGGCGAGGAUCAAAGCAUCUGUCAUUGAAUCCUUGGUCAAAACAUGUUACUAAUGAAAAAGGGCUUUUGUAGUGAAAUCUAACCUUGAACCUUCUGCAAGAAGAGAGAUGGCUUAAGAAAGGUAGAUGCACUAUGUAAUCCAAAGUGGGAAUUGACACUGUAAUUUGCUUUUAGAGUUCUAAAAAAAUGAAGUCAUAUUUUUGUUUGUACGUCCUUGCUUUAUUAUUUGUUUUUUGGCGAAUCCGUACCAAGUGAAGAAUUCUUUUCUGAAGUCAGCUGGAUUUCAGAUCAGUGACAACAGCUUGCAGUAUACCCCAACACAUGCUUCUUUGUCAGCAUUGGAACGAUGUAAGACAGCUGCAAUGUAACGUGAUUCGCUGUAACUUAUUUGUAACUCUUGUACUCAUUAAAAUG